AUGGUUUCGGCCAACUGUUCAAGGGUGGAAGAGUUUAUCCUUCUUGGAUUCCCACACAUGGGGGGAAUGAAUAUCGUUUUGUUUGUGGUCAUCCUUGUGUUCUACACUUUGGCAAUGGCAGGAAAUGGUCUCAUCAUUGUGAUUGUGAGAGUUGACCGUCAGCUGCAAAAGCCAAUGUACUUCUUCCUUAGCAACCUCUCUUGCUUAGGGUUGGGGCACACCACUGCUACUGUCCCCAAGAUGUUAGUCAACCUUCUUUCAGAAAAGUCCACCAUCUGCUUCUACUGCUGCAUGGUGCAGAUGUUCCAUUUCUUCUUUUUCGGCGUGACCGAAUUUUUCAUCCUGACUGUCAUAUCCUUCGAUAGAUACUUAGCCAUCUGCCAGCCCCUGCGGUAUAGCACCAUAAUGACUUCCAGUCUCUGCCUUCAGCUUGCAGUAGCCUCCUGGGCUGGGGGAUUUUUCUCUAUCAUUUCCCAAGUGAUAAUGGUGGCAACACUUCCCUUUUGCGACUCUGACACCAUCAACCAUUUCUACUGCGACGUAGGACCGCUGUUGAAAAUCGCGGGGAGAGAAACGCGGUUGAUUGAGGCCUUGAAUUUCCUGGUGGCUGUGGCUGUGAUACUGACCUCUCUACUCCUGACAGUGAUCUCUUAUAUCUUUAUCAUCUCCACCAUUCUCCGCAUCCCUUCCACCAGCGGUCAGAAGAAGGCCUUCUCCACCUGUACCUCUCACCUGACUGUGGUCAGCAUAUACUAUGGAGCUGUCCUUUUCAUUUAUUUGAGACCUAGCGUUGCACGCUCUUCUUUCAGCCUCAACAAAGCCGUCUCUUUGCUAAACACUGUUGUGAUCCCAACGCUAAACCCUUUCAUAUACACCAUCAGGAACACGGAAGUUAAAGAGGCAUUACGGAGAGCCUUCGGAAGAAAAGCGCUGACUUAA